GCCAGCGAAGUGUAGACUCAUUUCUGGCUUGUCGGACAAGCUGAACAGUUCUACAGCUCGACAGGCUUAAGGGACAGUGCAGUCAUGAAGAUUGACUUGAAGCUGGUUUUUCUUGUCUUGGUAGUUCUGUGUCUAGUGGGAGAGAUCAAUGGGUGGGGAUCCGGAAGAUCAAGAUCUCGAUCAGGCAGUCGCAGUCGAUCUGUAAGCAGAUCAAGCUAUCGCCGAUCAGGGUCACGCGUAAGGAGGUCUGGAUACCGACGAUCAACGUCGAGAGUUCGACGCAGCUAUCGCCGGGUUCGCAGGGCGAGACGUUACCGAAGGGUUCGCAGGGUGAGACGUUACCGAAGGGUUCGCAGGGUGAGACGUUACCGAAGGGUUCGCAGGGUGAGACGUUACCGAAGGGUUCGCAGGUGGAGACGUUACCGAAGGGUUCGCAAAGUGAGACGUUACCGAAGAAUCCGCAGAAUCCGUAAAAUCCAAAGAAAGAGGAAAGGAUGGUUGAGUAGGACAGGAAGGAAAAUAAAAGGAUGGUUCAGCAAAUCCGGAAGAAAAGUAAAAGGAUGGUUCAGCAAAUCCGGAAGAAAAAUCAAGGCAACACCUCCCCACAGCAUCAAGACAAAAUCUGGGCUCACGAGACUUUACAACUCGAAAGUCGUCAAAGUUGAGCGAGUCAAGCGACCUUUGAAUGGAUUCUUAGGGAAGCUUGGGGUCCCACAUUCUGGUGUUGUCGUGACUACCGCUUCAGGUAAGAGAUAUCUUGUUCACAAGGGACCCGGAUACGGUAAAUCGAGCCAGACAGUUGUCACGGAUGCCAAAAACAUGAGCAAGAAGUGGAAGGUUGAAAAGUCCAAGAAAGUGACAGGCGCAAGGGUAGGAGAUUACGUCAAGACUGGCGGGAAAACGUACCGGGUUUUCACGGACAACUGUAAUCAGGCCUCUCAACGAAUGUACAACAAGAUUAAAGGAUAAGAAAAGUUAAGAUCGACUGACCACUUUUGAUACAUCGGUUGAUUGGUCAAGCACGAAGAAUUUAAUCGAGGCUAGAGGGUUGAAGAUUGAAAUAACAUAAGCGGGAAACAAACUCGCGGCCCUCGUUCCAUGAUCGAACUGGAAUUAUAAAUUUAUUUUUUUCGAGGGAGAAAAAUGUUCUAAGCACAGGAGAGAACCAACUAGCAACUCUACUCACAUAUAAUGGUGAGUCUAGGGAAUCGAACCCAGAGAUGAGAGGUGGCACAAUAUAGCAGCGCACAUCCACAUGUGCUUUUCGAGAUUCAAUGUACCCACAGCCUUGACUGGACGUUCUGUGUUUGAAUAUUGAGUCGAUGAAUCAAAAGGGGUCAGUCUAUGAUAAACAUGACACUGUUGGAUUAGAGACAAGACAAGUGAACUUGUACUUUUUAGGCAGUGGCCCAACCUAUGGGCAAUAGAAACUAGAGAAUAAAGAGCAUUGAAAAAACGA